CAUCAAUAAUUUUAAAAACAAUUAUCUAUUCUAAUAUUAAUGGUAAGCUAUUAUCCCCCGGCUCUCUUACAGUACUGCACACUCAUGGCAGGAAAUAGGUAUGCUAAUAUAAAAUCUUCAAAAUACAAUUGCAUUUCGUACCUGCAGGAUAUUUUGUAGAACUAUACCUUACAGCUAUACUAUACUCAAUUUAUGUUUAGAAACAAUUUAAGUGGCCAACUUCAACACAUAUGUAUCGUUCUAUGUUUAUGAUACUAGUGGUUGAUUAAUUAGAGGAAAUAGUUAUAUGUAUGGCCUGUCUUCCAUCCGGAUUACUUUUAAACAUCAAUGGAGUAUGACACUUUUUGUGGUGGAUGAAGUGAGUGACAUUAUUAAGGAUUCAAUUGAACAUUCAAUUGGCAGUCAAUUAUACCAACAAAAUAUGGUAAAUAAAUGGACGGAUUCUGUAGUUGAAAACUGUCUUACAAAACUUUCUAAAUUAGCCAAACCCUUUAAAUACAUAGUUACAUGUGCCAUCAUGCAAAAAAUUGGUGCUGGUCUUCAUUCAGCAAGUUCAUGUUUUUGGGAUAAUUCAACUGAUGGUAGUUGUACUGUUAGAUGGGAAAACAAGACUAUAUAUGUUAUUGUAACAGUUUUUGGCCUAGCUAUAUAAAUUUUAAAAUAAAGUUUUGUAUACAUCUAAUAACAUGUUUACACAAUAAGUAAAAAAAUAUCCUUUUUUUAGAUACAAAAUGUAUAAAACAAGUAAAUAUUCUUCAUAUUUUUGGUUUUGCUAUUACUAACAAGCAACAGUAGAAUUAUUUUUGAUUUUUUACAAUUUAUCUUUAUUAGAGAACUAAUUUAGAUUUUAU